AUGCCCUGCAGAUCCACGACAGUAUCUUUCAAACUCUGUCGAUGCUGUCAGAAAUGGCGGUGCCGAUGUCUGGUCCCUCGAAAGGGCGUUCCUCCGCCGCCGUUCAACAGCUCGAUGAAACGCGACAAGAAUAUUGGAAUGCAUCCAAAAUUUUAUCAGGGCAUGUCCGAUGCACCUGCUGUUGGUACAUACGAUCUUCCACCUUUGCCGAAGAAGUCUGCAGCCACGAAUUGGAAAAAAGAGCUGGAGAGUGCAGAAUUUUCUGCGACAAUGGGAGGUAAAAUGCUGGACAAAUACAUGGUGGAAAGGGAACGAAUGCGGACAGGGCUAGGUCCUGGAAUCCAUGAAAUCUCUCAGUGGCCCGACGAUGUCAUGGAGAAACCCUGCAAAAGUGUGAAGAGGAACGUGGGUUUUGGAACCGUGGCUCGGUUCAAACCUGCACUGAAAUUUGACACCCCUGGACCAGGGUACACAAGAAAGAAUCCCUAUCACUAUCUGGACGAAAGGAAGCGAUUAGGAUCGUCCUGCGUGCCUACUUUCGAGUACGAUGGUCUGCAACCUAGAUUUGCCAGAACUUCGAAGCCCUGGAGACUGCCAUGCAACUUGUACAAGGUGAGACAUCCGGACACCUUUGAAGCUUUCCUACAGAAAGUCACUGGGAAAAGGGGACCGUACGAUCUCUUCACAGGACGGAGGGACGAGAGCUCCCUGAUAGGCUAUCAGAAGCGCACGAAGUUGGAUGAUCACGGCGACUGGCCUAGAUCGUUGCCAAGCGAGCUCGACAAGCUGUUGCACAAGUCGAACUAUUUUAAAGGACGCUGGACCACCUGUCCGAGAUUUCCCAAGAUGUCGGGGCUGAGAUUGGUGCUGCAGGAACUCGCGUUAUCCUACAAGGACCCGAAGCAUCCAGGACCUGGUCACUAUAGUCCCAAAUCGCCCAGGAAGCCAAAGAACGCGAAGAAUUAUCCAUUCGACAGCAACAUCGACUUCGUGAGACCAGGACCUCCGUUCAAAAUUCAUCCUGGACCAGGAAGAUAUGAUACCGAGAUCGCAAAGCAUGUUCGAGGACACGGUUGGUCGUGGGUGUUCAAGAGCAAAACACCGAGGACGAAAUUUAUUGUCAUUCCUUCCUACAGGAGCUUCUGAUAUGGGGAAAUAUAAAUGAAAGUUUAGGCA